UUUAUUUACUGAAAAUGUAUUUCCGACGCUAUUUCUGCUCGCUAACAGCCGCCGGCCACCGCCGCCACUAUCAACGGCCGGUGAAGCAAGUGAUUAAAUCUAACUUCCCCGAGACUUUAUCUGAAAUCAAGGAAAGCAUCUUCAGCUCCGAUUUCGUAGCGGUUUCGUUGCAAGAAACCGGCAGCUACUCCGCGCCGUGGCAAAAAUGCCUCCCGAUUGACACGGAUGAGACGGCUUAUUUGAAGGCCAAGCGCGCCGCUGAGCGAUUUCAGAUUCUACAGUUCUCGGUUUGCCCUUUCUCGGUUAAAGCUUCUAAGCUCAUCGCGAAUCCGUAUAACUUCCAGUUGUUUCCGAGGCAUGAGGUGAAAGUUGGGAUGCCAUCUUAUAGUUUUUCAUGCCAAUCAUCGAGUUUGGCCUCCAUGGCGCAAGAAGGUUUUGAUUUCAAUGCUUGCAUAUACAAUGGCAUAUCAUACAUGUCUAGAGCACAAGAAUCAGCUGCAACAGUUCAAACUCGAAGUGUAUUACUGAACGGUGGCAGUUUGCAAUCUACUUCAGCCCUGUCAGUUGCUGAUGUUAUAUUUUCCGAAAGGAUCAAAACUCGAGUUAAAAACUGGAUUAAUGGUUGUAACAAUCAACAUAAAACUGAGGAUUAUCUGAUAAGUUCAUUGAGGAAACUAGUAGAAAGAUGUGAAAACUAUGGUUCCAGACCAUCCUUGAUCAUAGACGUCUGCAGUGAACGCCAGGUGCAGCUUACAUCGGAGGCGUUGAAAGAGUUUGUUAAUAUUGUACUAGUACGUCGUCCGGCAAAAACAGGGGUAGAGGCUGUUCAAGUUGUUUUGACGAGUUCAGAAGAGGAUAAGAAUCUUCUUGUGAAGGAAAUUCAAGAUCUGGAAGAGGAGCAGAAAAGGCUUGUUAGUGGCUUUCGAGAGGUGAUAGACUUGAUUUCUACUUCUCAGAGGCCGGUUGUUGUGCACAACUCACUUAAAGAUUUUGCUUUCAUACAUGAAAAGUUCCUUGCUCCACUUCCUCCAACUACAAAUGAAUUCUCGAGUUCUUUGCUUUCGGUUUUUCCUCAUAUACUCGAUGUCAACCAUCUUAUGAAAGAACUUGGAUUAUUUGAUCAAAUGAAUAACUUGUCAUCAGCCAUUUCCUAUCUGGAUAGUAGGUUCUCUGCGUCAAUAGACAUGGAAGUUUCUUAUGAAGAGAAGACAGACUGUGUCGAUGUUCAUGGGCAUAGUGUUACGAAAGUAUGCCAGUUGUUUGUUAAAUUGUGCUCUAUACUGAAAAUCUCUUUAGAGAUUCCUGAAGAAGGUCGUACCCAAUUGCCUGCUUUACUUCAAUGCAGUUCCAAUAUGUUUUGUUCAAGUGAUGUUAGAGAUCCUUGCAAUGAUGACGUGAGAAUUUGGACAUCCAAAAGUAGAACGGUUAGCUUAAGAAAUUUGGUAUUCUUAUGGGGGUUUAGAAGGGGAAUGUCAGCCCAAGAUCUUAAAGACGUUCUGUGUAAUUCACAUGAUGUUUUCUCAGAAGAAUUUGAUGUUAAGAUGGUGGAUAGGACAUGUGCUAUAGUUGUUUUCUGGACUCCUGGUUUCUCAAAAAGUUUUCUUGGGAUAAUUGAUUCUGGAGAAGUUUUCUCGAAUAAGCUGGGAAAUAUGAUAUUCGAAGGCCUGAAAGCUGCAGAUUACGAGACAUAUAGAAGAGUUUGCAAAUCUGAUUUUUGGAAACCAGAUCUAGCAGAGUGCUUGGCCCAAGCCACAGAUGAAACCAAAGUAUUUUCUGGAGCCAAGAUGCAGCAGGAGAAAUCAGUAAUAUGCUGGAAUAAUGAUGAGAUGAUUAAUCUGGAUGAACUUUAACAUACAUCAUUGUCAUGGCAUCACCUGGAAUAGGGUUUGUUAAACUAUUGCCCAAUUCUACGCACUGCGGUGGGUUAAGAUGCCCCACAUACAGAUUUCAGUUGAUGAAUAUCUUGACAGCCAUGGCGUACCCGUGGGCACAUAAUAAGUUCCAUUCAAGAACUUGGACAGCCAUCCACGCCCAGUUUGACCGUUAUCUUCCAAUUCCAUUCUCGGUGAGGGAUCUCUACUGCUCGAAUGAUUGGGUACUGAAGAUGGAUGCUGUUGAGUUACUUGAGUACAGUUGCAUAUGAAGUGCUUUUCCUGGGCUUUAGUCUCCUGCAGCUAAAGAAGAUUGGAAGCUACAGUUGUAAUUUCACCUGUUGACGAUUGUCACAAGGUUUAGCAUUGCUAUUUUUGUCAUUCAGAACUAAGAGUUAUGUUUGUAUAACAAGCUGUAAAGAUUUUAAAUUAUAAAUUACAGACACGUUUUUUGCAAAUGAUGCUGAGAUGUGUUGUUUAUUGUU